AUGAUGUUUCAUUCUCAUUUUCCAUUUAGAAAGAAACACUUGAAAAGAUUGGCAGCACCAUCCCACUGGAUGUUGGACAAAUUGUCCGGUGCAUACGCUCCACGUUCAUCAGCUGGUCCACACAAGUUGAGAGAAUCGUUACCAUUGGUUAUUUUCCUUCGUAAUAGAUUGAAGUAUGCUCUUAAUGGUAGAGAAGUUAAGGCCAUCUUGAUGCAACAACACGUUCAAGUCGACGGUAAAGUGCGCACCGAUGCUACUUUCCCAGCCGGUUUCAUGGAUGUCAUCACCUUGGAAGCUACCAACGAGCACUUUAGAUUGAUCUACGAUGUUAAAGGUAGAUUCACCGUGCACAGAAUCUCUGCUGAAGAGGCUUCAUACAAAUUGGGUAAAGUUAAGAAGGUCCAAUUGGGUAAGAGAGGUAUCCCAUACGUUGUUACCCACGACGGUAGAACCAUUAGAUACCCAGACCCAUUGAUCAAGGUCAACGACUCUGUCAAGAUUGACUUGGCCACUGGUAAAAUUACUGACUUCCUCAAGUUUGACACAGGUAGACUCGUUAUGGUUACCGGUGGUAGAAACAUGGGUAGAAUCGGUACCAUUGUCCACAGAGAAAAGCACGAGGGUGGUUUCGACUUGGUCCACAUCAAGGAUGCUUUGGAGAGAACUUUCGUCACUAGAUUGAACAACGUUUUCGUUAUUGGUGAGGAAGCUGGUAAGCCAUGGGUUUCAUUGCCAAAGGGUAAAGGUAUUAAAUUGUCUAUUACCGAGGAAAGAGACAGAGCUAGACAACAAAGAGGCUUGAUUGCAUAG